AUGGAUGUCUUCACGUCGUUCUCAGGGGAACCUGUGAUACUCCCUGACCGAUUCGCCGCACUGAAGCGCCAGAUAUGCACCGAUCCUGACAAAAUGAUUCACUCCUGGCAGGGCCUUUUGCGAGAGCUGGAGGGGGCAGUAGAGGAAAUUGCAGAGAAGGGGGCAAAUCUGAUCCCCCAGGUGUCAUACUCCGAUGUUGAGCGCGGUUUGACCGAGGCGCAGGUGAAGGACAUCAAAAAACGAGGUGUGGUUAUCGUAAAGGGAGGCGUUCUUGAAGAGGAAGCACUCGGCUGGAAAGAGUCAAUCAAGAGCUAUGUCAGAGCCAACAGCGAACGAGUUCGGGGCGGUCCGCCCGGUAGGAUUGUGUUCUAUGAGCUUUACAACUCCCCGGCUCAAAUCCGCGCGCGUACUCACCCGGCACUCCUCACCACGCAGAGAGCGCUCCUAUCGCUCUGGCACAUGUCAUCUCAGUCCGUAUCGCCUCUCGAGGCCGUGAGCUUGCGCACGCCAAUCUCGUACUUCGAUCGCCUGCGCAUCCGCCCGCCGGGGCCCAGCGUGUUUACCUUAGGUCCCCAUAUUGAUUGGGGGCGAAGCGACGAGCGGUGGGAGGACCCUGCUUUCCGUGCGUGCUUUGGCCGCAUACUGGAGAGCGAGGAUGGGGAGGGCUGGCGCUCCCAUGAUCCAUUUGAUGUUGCUCCGCGCUUGGCUUGGAAGCAGGACGUGAACGACUCAGGCGGUAACUGCUCUGUGUUCCGCCCUUGGCAAGGCUGGACAGCCCUGUCUCAUACCGGCCCCGGCGAGGGCACUCUACGCGUACUCCCACUGCUCUCGUUGACUGCGGCGUAUGUCCUUCUCCGCCCGUUCUUCCGCCUGCAGGCAGGUGCACCUCUGCAUUCGCUGAAGGCCGAGGACUGGGAGCUUGACCUUGAAAGUACGGUCUUUCACGGAUGCGCGCCGAUGAAGACGCAGGAACUGAGCGAACGCACUCACCCGCACCUCCGACUUGACAAGACGCUUCUGUCCAUCCCGCAGGUAGCGCCAGGGGAUCAGGUGUUCUGGCACUGCGAUACGGUGCACGCCGUCGAAGGCGAGCACAACGGCAAAGGCGACUCAUCUGUGCUUUAUAUCCCGGCCAUUCCCCUUACCCACCGAAACGCUAUAUAUCUUCGUGAGCAACGUGCUGCGUUCCUCAACGGUCUUCCUGCUCCCGACUUCCCUGGCGGCGAAGGAGAAUCUAAAUUCAUUGGACGUGCAACAGCAAACGACGUCAAAUCGUUAGAUGGCCAACGCCUAUUCGGCCUUGCACCAUUCGAAGUACCUCCCGCUGCCACGCAGGGUGAAGCUCGCUUGAUCGAGACUGUGAAUUCCCUUAUGUUCUAG